AAUUAUGACUUGUUAAAACGCAGCACUCCAUUCACCAGCUUCACACAUUCUACCUCCGACACUACUGCAACUUUCAAUCCAGCACAGAACACACGCAAACGCUUACUCCAGAAUCAUGAGUCUUCUUCGAGCCGCUAUCAAAUCGAGGUUUUCGCUUCAAGCGAUUAGGCCAAGUCACGCCCUCCCAUUUUUUCUCCGCGAAUCUCCGAAACGUUUUUCGACCGAAACGGAAACUCCGGCUUGUGCAGACGCUUCGUCUAUCGAUCCAUUUCUUCGAACACCAAAUGGAGGUGUGUAUGGGAGACUGAGUGGCGUUACGAUACGAAAACAAACAUUGAAGAGUGAUAUAAUUAAUCUGCUGGAAAGCGUUGAUUUGACGCCGGACGAUGUUAAAGUAAACUACACGCGGAACUUUAUGCCGGUUGGAAUAUUGUUACAACUCCGGUCAAGUACGGACUUUGAUCAUGCUUUUAAGGCUAUUGCAAAGAAGGGUCGCAUGUACAGAUUGGACAAGGUUAACCGUUCUGAUUGGGAUAUUGUUAUGCCGUAUAAUGGAAAAACUGUUUUACUGGAAGGAAUUCCUCAAAAUGCACAGCCAGAUGAUGUAGAGCGCUUUCUCUCUGGCUGUGAAUUUGAUGCAUCAUCCAUCCAGAUGUUUGUAAGGCCAGCAAACCCUGAGCUAAUUAGAAUGGCAACUGUUCGCUUCCCCUCACAGACGCAGGCAAUGAAUGCAUAUCUUAGGAAGAAUAGAGGCUUCUGUCUCAACAAUCAAAUUUCGAUGCGAGUUCUACAGUGAUUUUCUUUACUGGUGGCAUUGCAAUAGGAUCAAUCAUGAGGGUUAAAUUUAUGCAUUGGUUUGAACAAUGUUGAGUAUUUGCAAAAGCACUCCAUAUUUAGAAAAUAUCCUUGUUCCAUUGGGGACAUUAGAACUUCAAUAAUUUUGUUUCAAAGCGAGUAACUUUUCUAUGUAUUAUUAGUUGGAUUGAGUAGUUAAUAUGAUUCUUAUUGGACAAGAAUUUUUCUGAAA